CGGUUUUUUAGGGGGCGCGGUAUAUAUCUUUUAGAAGGCACAAUGAAUGGUUGUGAGGCUGGCGGCCGCAGGGCUUCAGGUACAAAGGCAUCCGGUGUGUUCGGGGCUGUGUCCUUGAGAGAGCCGUCUACAGCUCCAGUCCGGUUGAGGACGGUGACCCGGCCACACGCGGCCUCUUCUGCUCGGCGAUCCCGCCCACUGACCAUGAAGAGACAUUCAGUUCCUCCAGAUCAGCUCCAGACACGUCCUCCUCCACAGGGUCUGGCUGCCAUGCUUUGUCCUAAAGGCCCUGCAGCAGUAGGGUCUCACUCAUGCCUCCUAUAAUUAGAACAGGUUGCCUAGUUCUCAGUUACAAUGUAGUCGGGACACCCUGGGGCGUUAUAACUGAGGGAUCUGCCCAAUUAGGCGAUGUGAUUUACACAUUUUCUCCUGCCUGGUCUGUGAUCUGGGGCCAGAGAGGUCAAGGGUUAUGAAUGGAACAUAUAAUAGGAGAAGGUUCAUCUGGAAUGGCUGCUGUGUAGCUAGAAGCAUCUGCUGGGCUCUCUAUACAUGUACAGAUACAGAGCUGCUAAGAUGUACUCCACCGUUGCCCAGUUGGCCCGGGUGAACCCUUUCAGCGCUCCACAUUUUCAAUUGGGACAGGAGAAUGUGACUUUAAGGAAGAGCAGCACCCCCCAGGUCCAGCCAGUUCGCCGCCUUGCUGCCGCUGCUGCACCGGAUGGAGAUUACAGUUGUGAAUAUGGCUCCUCACAGUUUUAUGCAAUUUGUGGCUUUGGUGGCAUCCUCAGUUGUGGUUUAACUCACACUGCACAAGUACCUUUGGAUCUGGUGAAGUGUCGCAUUCAGGUUGAUCCGAAAAAGUACAAGGGAAUUUUCAACGGCUUUUCUGUAACACUGAAGGAAGAUGGAGUCCGUGGCCUUGCUAAAGGAUGGGCCCCUACAUUCAUUGGUUAUUCAAUGCAAGGAUUAUUCAAGUAUGGAUUCUAUGAAGUUUUCAAAACCUUGUAUUCUAACCUUCUUGGUGAGGAAAAUUCCUAUUUGUGGCGCACAUCCCUGUACCUGGCUGCGUCUGCCAGCGCUGAGUUCUUUGCAGAUAUUGCUUUGGCUCCAAUGGAAGCUGCAAAAGUUCGUAUCCAAACACAACCAGGAUAUGCAAACACUCUGCGGGAAGCAGCCCCUAAGAUGUAUGCCGAAGAAGGAGUUUGGGCGUUCUACAAAGGUAUGGCUCCCCUCUGGAUGAGACAAAUUCCAUACACCAUGAUGAAGUUUGCCUGCUUUGAGCGUACAGUUGAAGCCCUCUAUAAAUAUGUUGUACCCAAGCCACGCAGUGAAUGUUCAAAGGGCGAGCAGCUGGUUGUCACUUUUGUUGCUGGUUCUAUUGCUGGUGUAUUCUGUGCAAUUGUGUCCCACCCUGCUGAUUCUGUGGUAUCCGUGUUGAACAAAGAAAAGGGAAGCACCGCUCUAGAAGUCCUUAAGAGGCUGGGACCAAAAGGAGUCUGGAAGGGGCUGACAGCCCGUAUUAUCAUGAUUGGUACGCUAACUGCUCUGCAAUGGUUCAUUUAUGACUCUGUGAAGGUCUACUUCAGGCUUCCUCGUCCUCCUCCCCCUGAGAUGCCAGAAUCUCUGAAGAAGAAGCUUGGCCUGACCCAGUAAACAUAUGGACUAAAAUAAUGUAAACUUACAUGACACUUUAAAGUUUUUAUAAAGAAAAACUCAACCAUGUAGGAUCUACCAUUUCCUAGAUGUAAUCAUUGGUUGUACGUUCACUCUGCUUGGUAGCUCACAACUGUCAAUUGUUUUUUACCAGUGUGCUUGUCUGUUGAAAUAAACAGAAGAU